AUGGUGUUUUCUCUGUUUUUUACGGCUGCGUUAAGUGUGGCGAGCCGCCAGCCGUGGUUUUGUGCCCUGUCAGACGUCGCUGCAGGUCGGGCGCAUUGUUAUCCGUUCCGUCCAAAUGAAUCGGGAGAUAUGACCACACAUUCGUAUGAAGUCACGAUUGUGUGGCUACUUGGACAUUGGCACUAUGUGGUGCUUGCAAUCGCAUUUAAUUUGAAGGAUCCAUUCCGGGAAUCUGCGUGGACCAACCGGUUAUUUGUAUGGUACACGGCUGCCGUGGGGUCGCUUUUGGUCGUGUUGUUGUUGUGGCCUGGAAAUGCCAUGGCGACGUCGUGGUUUGACUUUGAAACGGCGUUACCCAUGUCAUUCUGUGUGCAAUUGGGCGGGUCGUUUGCAUUGACGGUGGUGGCGGCCGUGGGAGUGGAAACUGGGGUUCACUUGCUUUUUGAACGCAAAGUGUCCAAAUAG